UCCGACGGGGCGGCAGCGAGUGGGAGCGAGCGAGCGCGCAGCCUGCUGACAGUCCAGCGCGAUGGGAGGCAAAAAAGUUUGCAUCGUGGGCUCCGGCAACUGGGGUUCAGCUAUUGCCAAGAUUGUGGGCGGCAAUGCAGCCAAGCUGGACAAGUUUGACACCACGGUAAACAUGUGGGUGUUUGAAGAGGAAAUUGGUGGCAAGAAACUCACUGAGAUCAUCAACACGCAGCACGAGAACGUCAAGUACUUGCCAGGCCACAAGCUGCCCCCCAAUGUGGUGGCAGUGCCAGAUGUGGUGAAGGCUUCAGCUGAUGCAGACAUCCUUAUAUUUGUAGUGCCGCAUCAAUUUAUUGGGAAGCUCUGUGACCAACUGAAAGGCCGGAUCAAGAAGGACGCGAUUGGGGUCUCGCUCAUCAAGGGUGUGGAUGAAGGACCCGAUGGUCUGAAGCUGAUAUCGGACAUCAUCCGUGAGCAGCUUGGCAUUGAAAUGAGUGUGCUUAUGGGGGCCAACAUCGCUAAUGAAGUAGCCGACGAGAAGUUCUGCGAGACCACCAUUGGCUGCAAGAACCUAGAGCAUGGACAGAUCCUGAAAGACCUGAUGCAGACGCCCUGUUUCCGGAUCGGUGUGGUGCAAGAAUCGGACACCGUAGAAAUCUGCGGUGCCCUCAAGAACAUUGUGGCGGUCGGGGCUGGUUUCUGCGACGGGUUGGGCUUUGGAGACAACACCAAGGCAGCAGUAAUCCGCCUGGGCCUGAUGGAGAUGAUCGACUUUGCCAAAAUCUUCUGCAAGGGCACCGUCAGUUCUUCCACGUUCCUGGAGAGCUGUGGGGUUGCCGACCUCAUCACCACCUGCUAUGGGGGCCGUAACCGAAAAGUGGCAGAGGCUUUUGCCAAGACCGGCAAGUCUAUCGAGCAACUAGAGAAGGAGAUGCUCAAUGGGCAGAAGCUGCAGGGCCCUCAGACAUCAGCAGAGCUGAACCACAUCCUCAAGAACAAGAAUCUGGUCGACAAAUUCCCACUUUUCACUGCUGUCUACGAGAUCUGCUACACUGGCAAACCUGUCUCCGACUUCAUCAAGUGCCUGCAAAACCACCCUCAGCACAUUUGAUGGGCUUUCAGUCUUGCGCCUACAAAGGAAGGAGUUUGGGAGGACUUCCUGUUUCCCCACUGCCAUCCCAACACGAGAAGAGGGACCCAACACAGAGCAUGGGGCAAACAAGGGAGGACUCAUCAAAGAAUCAUAGAAUAGUGGAGUUGGAAGGGACACCAAGAGUCGUCUAGUCCAAACCCCAGCAAUGCAGGAAACACAGCUAAAUAAUCCCAGACA